AUGGAGGUCUUGCGGAAGGCGCUGAUCGUGGGCGCAGUGCUGGGCGUAGGAGCUGGUGUGGGCUCCGCGCUCUUUGUCCUCGUGACCCCGGGAGAGGAAAAGAUACAGUCGAUGCUCAAGGAGAUGCCGGAGCAGGACCCGCGGCGCAGGACAGAGGCUGCCAAAACCAAGGAGCUGCUGCUGGCGACACUACAGGAGGCAGCAGCCACUCAAGAGAAUGUGGCCUGGAGGAAGAACUGGAUGGACGGCAGUGGCGGCGGCGGGAGGUCGACAUAA